ACCGUUAACGCACCAAGCUAAUACUGACCCUCUUCCAACCUACGCCCUCGUUCCCGCCCGCCGUCGCCACUGCCGCCAUGUCCUCCGCCACCGCCACCCAGUCGGCGGCCGCCGGCUCCAGCCAGGCAUCCAACUCUAACAACCCGUCGGCCUCACGCAGUGCCAGCCGCACCUCCACGACCGUCAGCAUCCCCGGGACGGCCGCCGCGGGUGGCAUCACCGUUACCCAGCCACCGAGCACGGCCAGCGCGAGUUACUACAAGAUUGCAAAGGAUAGCUGGAUCACCUUUGGCUGGAACAUGACUAGUCUCUACGUUACGCCCACGUCACUAACCGUCGUCGCCUCCUGCUCUGCUAAUGGUAACACUUACCCUGUCGGCCCAACCACCUCGCCAUACAACGUGUUUCCCGGCAACACCACCCAGGUCGUGUGGAAUCCUUGGGAGUGGGAACAAAUCCCGACAGAGGUGCCGUUUGCAGAAGCGACCUAUGUGCUCUCCGUCUGGGACGAGAGGGGCCCUGGAGCGGCGCGAAAGGGCGGGUAUUUGACUCCGUAUUCGGGGACGAAUUUUAUGAUGUAUAGGCCAGCGGGGUAUACGAGUAUUGCUGAUGGAUGGCAAUGUUCCACAUGCUCCGACGCAUUAUAUACACUCUCCCAACCGGCUCAUCUCCUAGUCCUCACGACGUUUAUUGUCACUAUCAUCUCCGCCUGGGGUAUCCUCAGAAGAUCAUAGGGCGUUCAUUUUUUCUGGAGAAGACCGAAAGCCGAGAGGCAAAAAGUUCAUGGUGAUGGUGGUGAUUCGAGGGAGCUGGAAUCCUUGUCUGGACGGAUGAAAGGUUGGCAAAAGUUGGCAACAGUGAUGCUGCGUUACGAGGAUAAGGCCGGUUCGGACGGUGCCAACGGCUUUGGGGUCUAUUUGAAUCUUUCUUGGAGGGCAAAAGGGUGUGAUAGGGGGUAGACUCAUUGAGCCAGUCGGGGUGGUCAAAAAGGUUUAAUUCUUCACGGACUAUUCUAGCAUCUUUUCUCCUCUUCGCUUUUCUCAGAGCCAACUACGAACACUUGACUUGUCUAAUAUUUUCCUAAUUCUUUAAUUGACGAUUUUCACAACCUUUUUUCUUUGUGUAUACGUGCAAGCUUCUAUCACCGUACAUAUAUGAAGUAUAGUGACGAUGGAAAAGAGAUACCGAAAGCUUUAAAAUUUGAAGCACAGAUUUCUCGGGAAAGACUCAUCUAA